AUGGCGGACAAAAGUCGGCUUGUUUACAAGGCUGCAAAAAGAUUCUUGGAUCGUCAAGCUAUAGGGGAGAAUGUAGGCAAAUUUGCUGUACAACGCACUAUUGAGCAUUUAAAAAGAUGUAAUGUUGUCUUAAAUGAGGAUCUUAAACGGAUGAGAAUUAAUCUUGUUGAACCCGUUGAGAAACACAACGUCGGUGCACAGUGAGUAUACUAGUAAUGGUAAACGGUUUUGUCGCCCGAAAGUUAACUCUUCAUCUGCCAUGUUGCUUUUUUAACUUUUCCUGAAAUGCUGAGUCAAAUGAACGGAUGUCGCCCCCUUGCUUAAUUUUUUCAGGUGAAGUUUAUGUAAACAGAGAAACAAAGGUAACAAUUAAUUUUUUUAAAAACUUUUAAUUUCGUAAAAUAAAGAAUUUAACAGUUUCUUGUUUAAGUUAAUGUCUCGUUCUUUACCAUGAUAUCAUUCAUGAGACGAAAAUUAUUUAGUUUUUGAUCGAAGUUUUCAAUCAGAAUGAAGGUGUAACAUUUUUAUUGGUUUAUCGUUCUUUAAACAAUGAUGAAACGAAAAUACAAUCCAUGACUUUAUAUCUGGGGUAUAAAUCUGUAAUAUAUUUCGCUCUUUAACCCUUGUUGAACAAUGAAACAAGGGUGAUAAAUGUGUAAUAAGGAUGCUAGGAUGUUUUUGAGCGUGAUAAAAUUUGGAGCCACAUAACUCAGCAUUUCGGGGGACUUGACUUAAAAUUUCGGGCGACAUAACUUCGGGCGAGACGUUUUUUGGGCGACUUGACCGUAAAUCGUAGUAAUCAUAUCAGUAAGAUUGAAAGUAAUGAGCCCUUAUAUUGGUACCUGUGGGUGCUUUUUUUUGUUGCACGCUUUCCAUCAAAUCUUGUUUUUCAGGCGAAAUCUUCACAUAUUAAGAACAGGCCACUUUUGAGUUCCAAGAACCCUCAUAAAACAAGAGCACAUCCUUUCUUGUGAAAAUCAGUUUUAUUUGCAGGAGAGUGAAAAUAAUUUCCAUAAAAAAGGCUGUGCACUUACAUGUAACCUCGUCUUGAUACAGAGGCCCGGGGGAACUCGGAAAUGGCCUGUUUGUUUGAGUAUGUGGUAAUGCUACCAGCAAGCUCAGUGCAACUACAAUGCAGCGCAACCACAAAAUAUAACUAUAACAACACUGCAUUACACUUUUUUGGUAGGUUAUUAAGCUGUCAUUGCAUUUCUAACAUUGUCAAACUUGAUUGAAAUGGCAAUGCAAUCUUUGCUUUAAUCUGCAAGGAAACCAGUCGUUUUGACGUGAACUCAGCUGGGAAAUGGCACAGAAAUUUUGUUCACUCUGUGUAGUUUGUUUGUGAACAAGAAAAACAUUUUGGAUGAACAAUCUUCUUUCAUUAUAUUAUAUUAUAAAGCCAAUGGAGUGAAACUUUGCAGACCUCGACCUUAGGGGAAAGUGUGUAAAGCAAUUUACAUGCUGUAGGUGACACAAUCAUAACCUUUUUGCUGGACGCACUGGUGUCACAUUACAAGCUAAGAAAUACAAUAUUGAGAUCUGCGGAUGCCAAAAAAUGUUAAAUCUUGACCUUUGUUCAAGGAAAAUGUAUAAAAAUGACUUACUUCUGAUGUGUAGCACUGUGUUUUGGUGUUUGAUCAUUGUUCAAUGGAUUUUUAGGCUGAAUUGCAUAACCAAUGUAACUCCCUUCAUAAGAUGAAGUCAAGGCUGUUCUUAGUGAUCUGACACAUCGCCAGGGUGACAAUUGACACUGACAUGACGGUUUCAUGGGCAAAAAUUCUCUGUUAUAGUAACUGCUGCUUUACCCACCACGUCACCGCACCUUUGCACCUAUUGUGUCAGUGUCAAUUAUCACCCUGGCGAGGUGUCCAAUAAAUUUUAAAUGCAAAUUAGUUGGUAAGCACAAAGGCAUCCAAAAGGUACUGGAGGAAAGCCAGAGAGGCCUUGAAGUUUGGCACGAAUGGCUCGAUUUGAAUCUCGCAGAGAGGAAGAAGAGGUUUCCUUCUUGGGCUGGAGCAGAAAAAAUAUGCAGUGGAUUUGAAUUUCAGCAAAAAAACAGCAUUUUUGUUGCUACUGGUCCACAAUCCUGCCAGAUCGCAAUGACCAACCAAUGUCAUCAACCUUGUCCUUGUUGUUGUCUUGAGUUAAGUUGUUUAUGCAAUUCCGCCCAAAUUAAUCCGUUGAAACAAUGAAAAAACACCAAAACACAGUGGAAUACAUCAGGGCUGGGUUCCUUUAGAGAUGGUUAAGUUUAACCCAGGAUUAAGCCAAAUUUUAAGCAAGGUUUUUUUGUCUCAGAACAUGCAACUCGAGUUUUCAAAAUACGUUGAGUCAUUACUCCAAGAUACAGUAAUGGAAAGUAAAAUAUAAAAACAAAACAAAAUUUUAAUCCUGGAUUAGCACUUAUCUGUCUUUCAGGAACUGGGCCUAGAAGUAGUCAUUUUAUACAUAAUUUCCUUGAACAAAAGAUUAGACUUAACGUUUAUUUUUUAGCAUUUACACUCUCAGUAUCAUACUUUUCAAACUACAGUAUAAAGUCUCUUAUUUUCCAUGGUUGCUUGUAAUGUGACACCAGCAAAAUGGUUACAUGUCACUUAUAGCAUGUAAAUUGUUUGGGUCACCUUGGUCAAACCUGUAGUAAACGAUCAGUAUUAAAGCCAUUCUCCAAGGGUGUUUGCAGCUCAUGAUCAGUUCAGGUUUGACUGUAGCUUGAAGCUUUCUGCAGGUUCUUCUUAGGUACUGAGUUCCAGUUUUAACCUUGGUUUCAUUUAGUUUUCUUUGGAAAUUAAAACUUAUAUGGGAUUUGUUUUGUUUUCAGCCGUUUUUUCUGGGAGAACUUUCCACAGCUCAAGUUUAAGAACCCACAUGUUAAAUUUUCAAGAGUGGGAAAGAAAUCACAAAUAUGUGACGAACUUAUGUUACAAUUUGGUAAGUCUGACUCAGCCCUGUUGGGUUAUUUACAUGUUGGUUGUCUAAGGAUUAUUAAACACACUUGUACAGUACAUACCUUACUGUUAAGCAGUAAAUUUAAGAAAAGUUCAGUUAAAGACAAAGAUUGUGUUGUUUUAGUUAAGCUGGUCACAGGUUUGAAGUAAUAAUAAAUUGUAUUAUAUUGAUCAGAAAUAGCAGGGACAAAAAAAUUCUUUUCUUAUUACUUCAAAGGAAACGGAAGAGAGGAAAAAAUAUUGAUAAUAGACAAGAGUCCCUCGCAGAUAAUGCAAGAAGUAAUCAAAAUUGGUACAACAUCUGCCACAAGGUAGGACAUGUGAUGUACAGAAUUGUACUGGAGAAUAUAAUGUCUUAAACAAUAUUUGCAACUUAAUAAAGGUCAUGAUCUGCUAACCUAGCCACAUAUUAUAAAUGGUGAUUCCUUCAAUAUUAUUGUUGCUGCAAGCUGCAUUUAGAUACAUACAUUCAAUGGUUUGGUUGCUGCGUCAAACUGUUUUGUGGAAAGGUUGAGAUCUUUCAACUCAAAUCGACAGUGUUUAUAUAGAUAACCACAACCACUUUUAAUAUAUGGUAGUGGUAAAUUGUCCUGGCAUGUUUUUGCUGUUACAACCAUCAAACAUCAUUAUUUCUCCAUGAUCCUAGCUAUAAUGAACCUCGCUAAUAAUGCAAAGGCACAUUAUUGUUUCAUGCUUCUUAUUUAUUUUUGAGUGCAUUUUUUAGAUUUCUAUUACUCCUAAACUGUUAAUCAAGUCAUGUUCAAUUCAAUAAUAAUUAUUGAAUUAUUGUUCAUUUACUUUAUUGAAUUCUUGUUUCAGAGGUGAAAGCCCAAUUACAGAUGAAGACACGUAAAAAUAUUUUUUGAAAGUUAGUUCCUUUAAUCUGUGACAAAAAAAAGUACAAAAUGACUUGAGUAAAUGUAAAUUUGUGCUUAAAAUUACCAAAAGAAUAAGCCUCCUUGUUAUCAGAAGACAUUGCUAAAAAUGGCUUUUUGGUUAAACUAUACUAGUUGCCCAUCGCGCUUUGAAGGCAUAUUUUUUUGGUGCCACCUAUGAAUUGGACCUAAUCAAGAAACACCCAGGAUAGCUGGAUUAAAUUUAAUAUAUAUGAUAAGAGGCAUUUCUUUGCAACUUUCAUAACAUAGAACUACAACUGUACAAGUAUCUAUGGACUAAAACUUGAAAAAAAAAGCAAACAAAAAAAAAACGGAAUUUCAAGCAUGUGCUCAUAGUAUUAGUUUUUUUCCCAGACAUUCUUUUCCUGUUUAGGAGAUCAAAAUUGAUGCAUGUAUUUUAAUAGAGACUGAGUGUUUACAAAGUCUCUACAAUACUUGUACACAGAAAUUAAAAGAUCAAAGGGAUUGUCCAUACAGCCUACAGCUGUAAUCCAGAGUAAAAGUACAGUGCUGUCUUUGCUGAAUGUCACCCUCCUCAGUUAAGCAACUCCAUUAAGUUCCAAAAUCAUUUUCUAACAUUAAAGAGGACCAAGGCUCCCAAGAUUUGAUAACAGAGUCUGACUCAUUUUUGACUCUGACUAAAACUAAUUAUUCUGGUAUGAAUAAACAAAGUUCUACGACUGUAUGAAUGAGCCUUAUACACAGGAAUCAGUAUGUGUUUAAUGUUAAUUAAAUUAUGUGAAAAAAGCAUCUCAUUUUGUUUGCCAUCACUGUCAUUAAGGUUCUCACCU